AUGCAAAUUUCACAAAACAACAACGGACCACUUAACGGAGUCUCAAAAAUUUUCAUGGAAUCAAUAAGACGUGGUACAAUGUACACACAAAUAGAACAAGAAAUCCGAGGAUACUUGAAAAAUAGCAAUAUCUCCAUCGAAGAGUUUGUGAAGCGACUGGAAAAUUCAAACUAUCGUCAAAUAUUUAAGUGCAUUCUCGGUUUUUGCUAUGAACACAAUAUUGGAACAUUGGAUCAUGUGAAGGCAUUUCAAAAUUAUAAAUAUUCUGCGGAUAAUAAUUCCUCGUAUGGCCAUUUGUUCGUGGUAGCAGAGUUUUAUGAGCUGGGAUUCGGAACUAUGGUAGACCUUGAAGAAGCUAAAAAAUGGCGGAAUGCCGCACACGGAAUUGGUGCACAAGAAAAAGAUGCAGAACUUGUAAAUCGUUGUGGAUGA